AUGCCAAAUAUCACGACGACCAUUUUAGACUCCUCUGGGUUGAUGGACGGAUUUCUGCAGAUAAUAAAUGAUCUGCAGGACGUUUUCAGCACAGUGGGCGUCUCCCCGGACAUUAUAUCCUUGCCCCAGAUAGUUGUGGUCGGGUCCCAGAGUACUGGCAAGAGCUCUGUGUUGGAGAGCAUUGUCCAGAAGAACUUCUUACCUCGCGGGACUGGGAUAGUGACAAGACGACCACUCAUCAUGCAAAUAAACCAAGACAUCGACGCCAUACAACCCUGGGGCUCCUUCCUCCACUGCCCUGAAAAGAAAUUCGAAGACUUCAACCUUAUCAGCGAAGAAAUAAUCCGAGAUACAGAGAGAGUGUGUGGGAACGACAAGAACAUCAACAGCGAGCCCAUCACUCUGAGGAUCCACUCAGCUGACCUGCCCACACUGUCCCUGGUGGAUCUGCCGGGGAUCACUAAGAACGCAGUCGGGGACCAGCCCCGGGACAUUGAGCAGCAGACCACUGCACUAGUCAGAAAGUACAUUGAGAACCCUAACUGUAUCAUCCUGGCUGUGUCGCCUGGAAAUAUCGACAUAGCUAACUCGGAGUCCAUCAAGCUGGCUAAGGAGGUCGAUCCUCAAGGCGACAGGACCUUGGCGGUGAUUACCAAAGUAGAUCUGAUGGAAAAGAGCGCAGAAAAUAGCAGGGUUCUUGAAGGGAAAGUUAUUCCAAUAAAGCUCGGAAUAGUCGGCGUCAUCAACCGGACUCAAGCUGAGAUAAACGCGGAUAUGCCUAUAGAGGAGUCAUUUUCAAGAGAGGCGGAGUUCUUCAAGACACACUUUAACUAUAUGAGUAGUGAGAUGGGAACUCCGUACCUUACACAGAGGCUGUGCAGUGUUCUUAUGCAGCACGUUAAGCAGUGCCUCCCCGAGCUUAUCAUCAGGAUAACCGAACAGAAGGUCAUUCAGCAGAACAUUCUGGAUUCUUUAGGUCCCAGGAUAGAAGACGAGUCGGGUGCACUUGCAGAUUUAGUGAUGAAAUUCUGCAGAGAGUUCCGGAGCAACAUGGAGGGAAGAAGGUCGGUACAGUUCGCUGCAGCUCAGAAAGCCCUGUCAGGGGGGAGGCACCUGUUUGAGGUGUUCGAGUCCGCUAUUUGUCAAGAACUGGAUAAGAUCGCUCUCCCUGAGGAUAUAGAGGACCAUAUAGAACAUGAGAUUAUCAGCGCGGGCGGCUCCAAACCCGCUCUCUUCACCCCUAACAUUGUGUUUGAUAACUUGGCUUCUAGACAGCUGGAGCACUUCACCUACCCCAUCAAGAAAUCCAUUAAAAAGUGCAACGAGACCCUCACAGAAAUCAUCUCCCUUCUAAGUAAGAAAACAUUCGAAAGAUUCCCGGUCCUAAAACGAGAAACCCACCAAAUAUCACUGACCCUGCUGCUGGCAAAGACCCAAGUCGUGGAGAAGUUCAUUGACAGCUACAUCCAGUGUGAGUUGUGCUACAUCAACACUAACCACCGUCUCUUCAUCAAGAACAGACCGCAGCUGGAGAAGAGCUGUUUGGAGAUGAGUGAGGGAAGUGAGGUUCUCACUCCAGAACAGAUCAGCACCAAGAAGAUAAAAGCUCUUCUGGAUCUUUACAUCCACAUCAUAAGGAACCAGUUAAUGGACGUUGUCCCAAAGACUGUUAUCUGCUAUAUGGUGUUGCAGUUCUGUGACGAUCUCCACAAGGAUCUUAUGAAGACUCUCUUUUCUUCUGACAGAGUGGACGAUCUGAUGAAAGAAGACAUGCUAGUUGAAGAGCGACGAGAAAAAGCUGUGAGGAUGUUGGGGGCUUUGGAGAGAGCUGAUGCAAUCACUUCACUUCUUGAAUAGUUAAAAAUGCAAUGUGUGAAGAUAAACAUUAAUUAUCAAUUCUGAUGAUUUAAACGUUGUGUGGAACAUUUUUUGGUUAACGCAAUUGGUUUCAAUGCAACUUUGCAAUCGUUUUUUGCUGAUAUUGUUAUGAAUAUUUAAUUAAAUAUCUUUGGCAAUAGUUUUAACUUACAUUUGAA